GACAACCAACGGGUAUUGAAACGGUCGAACGUCUUGUAGACAGAGUUCAGUCCUCUACCUUGCUGGAUGACAGACGAGAUGCAGUUCGUGCACUUAAAGCCAUGUCAAAGGUAUUGAACAUGAAUCUACCAAAACUGUUCAGUGAAAGGAACAUAUUGCAGAAUCAAAUACAAUGGGCUGUUACACCUUAUUGCAAAAAUGUAUUUAUUAUAAAUUCCGCUUGGAAGUGGGAACACAGGCAAUGGACACGUUGGUACACACACUGGAAACAGACAGGAGUGAUUCAGAAAUAACUGGAUAUGCAUUAGAUGCUCUUUGCAAUGUUUUGUCUAAUGAGCCUUCUGAGGAUGAUGAUGAAUCUAACAUGCCAGCAAACCUUCCUGGAGAUUUAGGAGCGCAGUUCACUGAAAUAUUUACCAAGAAACACGAGAAUAUCUCCCUUUUGUUGUCACUGCUGGAGGAGUAUGACUUUCAUGUUAGAUGGCCAACAGUCAAACUGCUGACCAUUCUGUUGAUCAAUAAAGGCAAAGAUCUACAAGAGGCCAUUCUUGUCAGUCCCAUGGGAGUGUCCAAAUUAAUGGACCUGUUAUCUGAUAGCAGAGAAAUAAUCCGAAAUGAUGCAUUGUUGCUUCUGACUCAGCUAACUAAAGGCAACACUAACCUGCAGAAAAUUGUUGCAUUUGAGAAUGCUUUUGAGAGAUUGUUAGAUAUAGUGCGAGAUGAAGGAAACAGUGAUGGAGGUAUUGUUGUGGAGGAUUGUCUUCUCCUGCUAACCACACUUUUGAAGAACAACACCUCCAACCAGAAUUUCUUCCGAGAGAGCAGCUACAUCCAGCGACUGGCCCCAUACUUUGACCUAGAUUCACAACACACUCAUUCCCAGGCUGGCUGGUCUGCACAAAAAGUUACUAAUCUCCAUUUCAUGCUUCAGUUGGUGAGAUGCCUUGUUUCCCCCAACACUCCCCAGCAGCAAAUAACGGCCUGCCAGAAGACCAUGUUUCAGUGUGGUUUGCUAAAGCAGUUAUGUACAAUAUUGAUGGCCAGUGGAGUACCUGCUGAUGUCUUAACAGAGACUAUUAAUACUGUAGCAGAGGUUAUCAGAGGAAAUUUACAAAACCAAGAAUAUUUUGCCUCUGUUAUGGCACCCUCAAGUCCUCCAAGACCAGCCAUUGUUGUACUUUUGAUGUCGAUGGUGAAUGAAAAACAACCUUUCCCCCUAAGAUGUGCAGUUCUGUACUGCUUCCAGUCAUUUCUGUACAAGAAUGAAGUAGGACAGUCCCAAAUUAUUACCACUCUAUUGCCCACAUCCUCUGAUGCGAACCAGAUAACAGCUGGACAGUUAUUAUGUGGGGGUCUGUUCAGCUCAGACUCCCUGUCAAACUGGUUUGCAGCAGUGGCAUUGUUACAUGCCAUUCUGGAAAACAACACUCAGAAGGAGCAGUUGUUGCGGGUCCAGUUGGCCACCAGCAUAGGGAGUCCACCAGUGUCCCUGCUACAGCAGUGCUGCAACAUACUAGCACAGGGAGGAAAAUUCCAGACUAGGAUAGGUCUGCUACAGCUGCUGUGUGCCUGGCUGAUAGAUUCCCCAAUCACUGUCGCUCACUUUCUGGUCAACACUGCCAAUGUACCAUACCUGAUCACCCAGGUUUCCGCCUCAGACAGUGAUGAGAAUGAGUCCAUGGUUCAGGGCCUGUGUGCUUUCCUCUUGGGCAUUACUGUAUUAUAUAAUGAUGAGCAGAAUGAAACGUUUAACAAGACAUCAUUGAGACAGAUUAUUGAAAAAAGAAUAGGGCUGGAAACCUUUACAGAAAAAUUAUCACAAGUUCCCAAGACCGAAAGCUAUACAAAAGCAGCCAAAAAACCACAUGUAAAUUACAAACAGUCCUCUGAGGUCACUUUUGACUACGAGUUUACCAGGACAUUUAAAGCAUUAGAAGUUGAUGCUUUAGAUUCAGUAUCAACAGAGGCAGGAAGGAAAGAGAAUAAAGCCAAACUAGCUAACCUACAACAACAUGAACUGGUGGUCAACCAGUACAAAGACAUCAUACAUGAGCAGGAUCAACGAUUGAAUGAACUUCAGCAACAUCACCUGGAACUGCAGUCCAAACAUUCCAUGUCGGAGGAAGAAAUUCGACAGCUCAAGGAGCAGGUGCAGCAACUGAAAGAUCAGAAUUCACUACUCAAAGUUCAGAAAGGUGCUCAAAGUAACCAGGCAGCAGACGCAAAGAAGGAUGAGGAGAUCCGAUCUCUACAGCAAAUGUUGGAUAAGAUGAGAUUAGACAAUGCUAACAAAGACUCCGCCAUAGAAAAAUUGAAAACAGAUGUUACUGUCUUGGAAGCUCGAGUUGUGACUAGUUCAGAGGAGGACAAAGAAAACAUUGUCCCUAGUGAAUCAGAAGUAUUACAAACCACCAUUAAUAGACUUCAGAGUGAUUUACAGGAACUGCGAACAAGUGUAGCAGAAAAGGAUAAUGAAAUUAGUCGUCUUAGUGUUCAAAACAAAGAGGCAGAGAACCAAAUCCAGUCUUUAAAGCAAAGCUUAGAGAACAGUGCUGAAAACCAGGCAGAUCCAGCAGAAUUGGCAAAACUGAUGGAGGAAAAAAUGACUUUGCAGGAAAGAGUUAAAAAGUCUAAUGAAGAGAACUUAAAAUUACUGGACAAAUUCAAUAAAAUGGAAGAUGAGAAGAAUAGUGUGGCAAGUGAAAAGGGGGGAGUAGAAGAGGAACUGGAAACCCUGAAGAUAGAACAGGAGGAUCUCUUAGUACUGCUGGCAGACCAGGACACAAAAAUAGAAAAUUACAGGAAAUUGUUGAAAGAGAACAAUAUCCCAGUGGAAGAUGAUGAUGACUUAGAUGAAGAUGUUGAUGAUGAUUAACACACUGACCCAUUAGCAAUUAAUGAGAAUUUUAAAUGCUGUAAUGGUGUGGACUCUUAAAAUAUCAAACUGGCACUUGAAGUGCCCAUGAUAAAGAUUGCCAGCCAUAGCUUUCCACGAUAAAGAAGUGAAUCUAGUCUGUGAUAGAUGAUGGGAGAUUUUAAAGUGCAAUUGUGAAAACUCUUGGUUGAUAGAAAAUCUUGCAGUGGUCUUUUUCUCUUAGAUUUUUUCUUGGGAAAAAAUUGUUAAUUUUACACCAAUACAAUUCUUCCAAAUUUUCAUUGUAUCCAUUGUUUGCUGGGAAGAUAAUUUUUUACCUGGGUAUUUAUUGAAAAAUAAAUCAAUUUUAAAUUUAUUUAUUGAAUACCCCAUGUGUACAUAUGAUAGGGUAUUGACAUAAUAUAUUGUACAGAUUUAUUGUACAAGCUUGUUAAUAAUAAAAACGUGGAUAUAUUUCAUAAA